UAAUAUCAUUUUGUUUUUUAAUUUAUUUACGAUUUGAUUGAACCGGUCUGCUUCUCCCUGCUUGUCAUGCCGCUCCCUCCAAAUAUACUUCGACUGUGAUCUGAACCUCGAAUGUUUCCAUUUCAACAUGAUCCAGCCGAAUAAGCGAAAUCAGAGAGAAACAAGCAUCCACUGAAUAAAUAAUACACAUUUCUUGGCCCGGGGAUGGAAACAAACACAAUCAAAGCAACAUAUUCUGAAGGACAGCAUAAAUCAAGUAUUGGUGGAUUUGAUGGAACACGUGCCAUCUCUUUUAUGCCUUUGCCAUAAGGUGUUGACAUCAUUAAUUGAUAAAAAUGUAUAUCAAUGGAAAGAAUGUCUGGAUCAACUUCCUGUGGAUCUAGUCAGUGAUGUGCUGAUGAAUGUAUCCCCACUUGCUCUGCAAGAGAUCCAACAAUGCAUGCUUGGAAGUUCAUGUGAUUAUGCUUCUGUGGAUCAUACCAAAACAAAAAGUAGAAAAAGGGCGAGGGCUACUGGAAAUGAAGGUUCCAAUCCUAAAAGAAUAUCGCUUUUUCAGAGCAAUGAAAACACAAGACAACUGAAUGAAGAAAAAACAUCAUAUGGGGAGGGGACACAAACAAAUUUGCAAACUUGCUUCAACAAAGCUUGGAAAGACAAAUUUCAAACACGGUGGCCUGAAGGUGUCAAAAAAUCUGGAUAUCUCUUAUCAUUUGCAGAAGAUAUCGAUGAUGAAUGUGAACAUGCCAUUUAUAGAAAAGAUUGGCAACAAACUUAUUGGGAGGCACACCUGCAAGACUGCUUACGUGAGGCAGCUGCUCAAGCCUUACUUCCGUCAUACAAAGGUUCAAUUGGGCAGAUAUAUUUAUCAGAUACUAUUCAUGGGCAUAUUGGAAUUAAACAUGAUUCCACCUCCACAAGGAAAGAGCUCUUAACACUAAGGCAUCAAGGCAAAAGUUUUGGGCACUAUGCUCGGCAUCUACGACUACGAAAUGUUUUAUGUGUUGAAGAAUUGUCUGAUGUGUUGAAGAGUUGCAGACUGAAAGGUAUUGUGUUAGAUGGCAUCAAGAGUAAGAAACAUAUUGAGGGCACAUACCAAAUUCUAAAACAAAAUAGGGAAACACUUGAAGCUGUGGAACUUUUUCAUUGCAGAAUCACAUCAGCUGAUUUAUCUGAAAUUUGUGCUACUCUGAAUGGGGAGGGCGGUUUAAUGAACAGGAUUAAUUUCUUCUCAAUGACAUCUUCACGGGUUCUGAUAAACAAUGAUCUCACCUAUUUUCAUGGUUUUCUUCAAUUUUUGUCUGCUAGCAGGUAUAUUUCUAUGAUCCUAUCUAUUAUCAUCUUGUUAGCGGAAGGCCUAUAUGCUGAUUUGCUUCAUUGCAUAAUUUCCAUGAAAAUAGAUGUGAGUAAAGAAAUGCAUUUUAUUGGAAAGGCUUUAAAAGAUGUAGCAAAUUGA